AUGGAGUGCGUCCACGACGGGUGCGGGAGCGUGGUCGCCUACAACGGGCUCCACGACCACGAGCUCGUGUGCCCGCACGGCCCAUGCGACUGCACAGAGGCCGGCUGCGACUUCGCCGCCUCGCCAGCAGCGCUCAUCGCCCACCUCAGAGAAAUCCAUUCGAUUUGUGUGGACAUGAUCCCCUACGGCACCACGAUGGCGUUCAUCAUCCAGGUGCUGGGACCGCCAGAGCCAAGACGUCUGGUCAUCUUCUACGGGAACGAUGGUACCGUGUCCGUCUUGCACACAUAUACGCAAGUCCAUCCGAAGAAUGGAUGCGUGCUGGCCAGCCUAUCCGUUGAGUGCGUUAGGUCGGCGGCGUGCGUGUGGCCGGAGUACAAGGUGAGUAUGUCGUCGCACGGCAAGCCAUCACCUAAUCGCUCUGAGAUCGGUUUCAUGGGCCCCAACCAUACGGCCACUAUUCGGGCGAACAGCACGACGACGCCGGGCGCCGCCAAAGCAUCGGAACUACAGUGGUCGUCGAGAUGGUUUCAACCAUGCAUGGAGCCAACUAUCUGGGUUCGCAUCGACAGGUGA